GGUUAGAUUUGGCAUCAGCUGAUAAGUGUCAAAAACAUAAUAACAGAAGACAGAUUGUUAAUUUGUUAAUUAAAAUAUUAUAAAUAAUUAAUUAUCGAAUUGUGUUAAUAUUAAUGAAGUAUAAUGUUAUCGUCAAUAGUGAAAGAACAUCAAAGUAAACAGGCAGCAAGAAAAGAAAGACAAGAACAAAAACGAAAAGAAGCCGUUCAAGCUGCAAAUAAUUUAACUCAAGCAUUGGUUGAUCAUUUAAAUGUGGGAGUUGCACAGGCAUAUUUAAAUCAAAAGAAACUAGAUGCUGAAGCAAAACAACUUCAAACGAGUGCAACAAAUUUUGCAAAACAAACUCAAUCGUGGUUAAAUCUGGUUGAAUCGUUUUCGAGUGCUUUGAAGGAAAUAGGAGAUGUUGAAAAUUGGGCACGUAGUAUUGAAGGCGAUAUGCGAACAAUUGCAACGGCAUUAGAAUAUUCGUAUAAAGCCACUCAAGAAACCCCUCCGAGUAAUGUCUGAGAAGACCAGGAAAACUUAUCUCGUCAUAUCCGAAAGCAUUUUAAUUAAGUUAUUCUGUGAUAAUUUAUCUCUAUAUUGAAAAUUGAGAAGAAAUUUAAUAAUAAUGUAAAAUUUCUAUAAAUUAUUAAACAUUUAGUUCAUAACUGA